AUGUCUGAGAAGCCAUCCCAAGCAAAGCCAGCCAAGACUGCAGCGACGACUGAAAUCUUGCCGUCAGCCGUGCAGCCAACGAAAGGGCCGUCGGUGCUCGUGAUGAAGGCCGCGUACCCACUCUACGCUGCAACUGUGCUUGCGUCCGGUGCGCUUGUCAUUGCUGGCGGCGGCGGCGCGUCCAACACGGGCGUUCCGAACGGCGCUGAGAUUCUAGUGCCGACCAACCCGAGCGCACAGGCCGUCGCGCAGACACCAGGGACGGCGCUGUUCCGGCAUGCGUGUGGCAUUGCGCGCGGCGACAGGGCCAUCAUGAACGUCGCGGCCCAUCCGACCGAGCCAAUCCUCGCUGCUGGCAUGGACGAGCUUUUCGCGCUGGAUGCCGAAUCGGCCGAACAAACCGGAGAAGUUGUAUCGGAUUUCGCACCGACAGAGCCGUUUCAAAAGUCCUGCAACUUUAGCGCCAAUGGCAAGCAUCUGGUGACUGGAGGAACGGAUGGCAUGGCUCGUGUCUGGGAUGCAAAGUCGCGUGAAUUGCUACAUUCAUUUGCGACCGGAGGUCAUCGACUGAAGACCGUGGACAUUUCGCCGGACAGCUCCUGGGUGGCUGCAAUCAGCGAGACCAAAGAGAUGACGAUCUGGAGCCUCAAGACGGCGCAACUAACUCAUACUUUGAAAUCUGAUCCCAAGUGGAACUCUGCAAAGGACUACAAGAUCCAAGCUGGUCGUUUUGCCACGCAGCCAGACGGGCAAGUUGUCUUCAUUUCUGCUCACUCUUUGCCAAAACACCAAUCUCGCCUCGUAAAGUGGAACACGUCCAGCUGGACUCCGAUUGGCCGAUCCAUCAUUGUGUUGGGCCCAGUUCCAAUCACUGCCAUGAACGUCAGCCCCAAUGGAGCGUUCGUCGGUGUCGGUGACGCAGAGGGAAGCGUCGCGGUAGUAGAUGUCGCUUCGUGGACGAUUUCCGCUCGAGUCGAUAACUUGCACGAGCUGUUCAUCACUGCGCUCGCAUUCACUCAAAGUGGCUCGCACCUGGUGAGCGUCUCUGCGGAUACCCUGAGUUUUGCCACUCCGUCCCGCCUGCGAGCUGGACGAUCAGCCAGUUCAGUCAUUUUGGUGAUCGGCCUUGCUCUGCUACUGCUGCUUGUUGUCGCUCUUCUCUUGUUGGGCGUGUUUUGAAACCGCCUUGUCAUGUAUUAUUUCUGCAGGCAGCAGUUCAAAACCAAAAGAAACCCUCUUUACUCUU